AUUAAAAUGCGUCGGCGUAAAAAGAGAUCUGUAUGGGUUAAAGAUUGGAUUAAAAGAAGAGCGCAGCUAGGGGCAUAUAACCAAUUGUUGUCUGAAUUGAAAAACGAAGAUCCAGAAUGUUACAAAAACUUUCUUCGGAUGAAACAUGACGAUUUUCAAUAUUUAUGUAACAAGAUUUCACCUGCUAUUAAGAAGCAAGAUACGAAUAUGAGACUAGCUAUUAGUGUGGAAGAACGUUUGGCGAUAACAUUAAGAUUUUUGGCGUCAGGAGAUUCGUAUCGAUCGCUCUCAUACCUAUUUCGGGUACCACAACAGACUAUCUCCAAAAUAAUACCAGAAUGUUGCGAUGCUAUUCAUAGAUUUUUAAAACCAAAUUACAUGGAGGUACCUUCAUCAGAAGAUUGCUGGAAAAAAAAAUCAGAAGAUUUUAAAAACAAAUGGAAUUUUCCAAAUGCUAUUGGAGCACUAGAUGGAAAACACGUGGUCAUAAAAGCACCCCAACAUAGUGGGAGUCUGUACUAUAAUUAUAAAGGUACAUUCAGUAUUGUGUUAAUGGCAUUAGUUGACGCUAAUUACAAAUUUAUUUAUGUAGACGUAGGAUGCAAUGGGAGGAUCUCCGACGGAGGCGUGUUUGCAAAUUGUUCACUUUCAAAUGCUUUAAGCAACGGCAGCCUUAAUAUACCGCCACCAAUGCCUCUUCCCGGUAGGGCUAAAUAUGUACCCUAUGUCAUUAUAGCUGAUGAUGCUUUUCCAUUGAAGCCUUAUCUAAUGAAACCUUUUCCUUUUCGUAACCAACCUGGACCUAAUCGUGUUUAUAACUACAGACUGUCGAGAGCUCGACGAGUGGUAGAAAAUGCCUUUGGUUUACUUGCAAACAGAUUUAGAAUAUUAAGGAAACCUAUAGAACUAUGUCCUGAAAAAGUUAUAAAACUUGUAACUGCAAUCUGCGUGUUGCAUAACUUUCUCUUGGAACGGAGUUCACGGCAUGUGUAUGCACCACAAGGCUCCUUCGACGAGGAAAUUGAUGGUGUAGUAACUCCUGGCAGUUGGAGACAAGACCCCCCUCCGGAUAAUAUAUUGUUCUCAAACAGACCACUGGCAUCCAACAUGUCUAAUGAAAGUAAAGAAAUCCGUGAAGAAUAUAAAGAAUAUUUUGUAUCUCCAGAAGGCGAAGUUAGCUGGCAGUACACAUACAUAAGUUGAAAUUAACAAUAAACCAAUAAAUAAUAAAGACAACUUACCAAAU